CAAGCACUCAGCUGUACUGCUCUGUUUCUCAGAGGGAGCAAGCCAUCUCAUACUCCACACAAGAAUCAUCGAUAUUCCAAAGGAAACACUUGCUGCAAUGGAGUUAUUGCUGAAAUGCCCGCUGACGUUCAUCCAAAGGGUGUACAGAGAAGUACACACCCUCAACCUCAACCUCGAUCUCUAACCACGUGACUGCUGUGGUUCAGAGGAACUUAUGCAAAUGUUAUGAGUCAGUGAAUCGAAGUUUGAGCUACAACCUUCACCGAAAUAAAUUCAUCAGCCAAACCGAGAAUAUAAAGCUCUAAAGGGAGCAAAAGAUCAUUCAUCUUCACCACUACAUUGCUUACACUGAAGCAUCACACCUGAAGUCUGUAAAAGAAAACGUGACCAUGGUUCAAGCUGGUUAAAGCUGACUGAGCAUUCAUCUGCUAACGCUUACAGAACACCGACAUCAGGCAAGGAAAAGUUCAAGAUCAGUUUCGCUCAAACUCCAUACUACCCUGAGCAAGAAUCACCAUGACGACACUAAACAGCAUCACCCAGCUGAAAGAGUCUCAAUUCGGUCAGCCUCGUCCAAGACACGGUCUGAAGCUGCUGCACUGGUUUGCUUGUGACUGUCUCUCUUUUAACCAAAACAAUGUUAUGCUUUCACACUGUUGUCCCAAGAAUGGAGAUUUUGGUUUCCACACAUAUGACAACAGAUAUGGUGGUCUUCUGCCUGUUGUGGCUUUCCCCUACUACGAGGUUGGCAAUCUCAACAAACCGGGAGCGUCCAACCUGCCUGCUUAUGUCCAAAAUGAUUAUACGCACCGCCCAGACAAAAGCAACAUGGACCGCAUCAUUGUCAGCCUUAACAACAAGUCUUUUGUCAAAGUCUACGUGACUGAGCAUAGUGAUUGGUCAAAUUUCAACAAACAAGCCACCUACUGCAUCAGCAAAGACCUCAUUAAGACCAUCAAGGCUCUGGCCUUAAAUGAAUUUCUUCUGCAAACUGGGUAUUUGAACCCGCAAGCAAACAGUUUUGCUACAGGUCCUGUAGAACCCCCAUGUCCUGGUCCAACAACAAUGUCCAUCUGCAGUCCAGUACAAGAGAUUUGCAUGAAAAAAGACAUUCACGCUGAGAUUAUAUCACCUUCCGUCUUGACAAAAAACAAUACACAAGAACACCACAAAGCUCCACCAGCAUCCUCCAUCUGCAGUCCAACAAUUAUGCCUUGUACGAUCCAAGACAUUCAGAAGGAGAUCGAAUCACCGCCUAUCGUGAUGAAGAACAGUACACAAAAACACAAUGAAGAUUCACCAGCAACCUCCAUUUGCAUUCCAGAAACUACAUCUUCUACGACCCAAGACAUUCAGAAGGAGAUUGAAACAACUUGUAACUUGAUGAAGAAUAGUACACAAGAACACCACAAAGCUCCACCAGCACCCUCCAUUUGCAUUCCAGAAACCACAUCUUCUACAAACCAAGACAUUUAUUCAGCUGAGACUGAAUCACCUUCCAACUUGACAAAUAAUAAUAUGCAAAUGCACACCACUACUGAGAAGACUGAAUUGAACAAUUUUGUUCAGGACAACACCAUCCAAACUUUCAGGAAUUCCUUGAGGAACCUUCAAACGCCAUCUAAGGAUAUCCAAACAACCUCAACCUCCACACUAACCAUCAUGUCUGCAAAGAACCAAAACACGGAUAUCAAACCAUCGCCUUUUUCACAAAUGAACCUUUUCUUUUGGGGGGUGUAUUUUCUUUUUCUUUGUGUCUUUUUUUUGUUUUUUUGGGGUAACGUGAUGAGACUACUUCUCCUCGUCAUUUUUGCAUCGUCAUUAUUACCGUGGCAAAACUGGAACGGAGGAGAGCAAGGACAGACAAAGGAAAGAGAAGGAAGAAAGAGCACAGCACAGGAGAGAAAAGGGACAGGAACAGAAAUGGAAAUGAAAGAAAAUGAAAGCCGCAAUGCACUCUGUGAUCACCUGCACACCAUCUGGCGUGUCUUAAAGGACCCAAAAUCAUUUCCUGUUUUAUCAAUGAACUCUUUCUUUUGGGGUUUUUAUUUUCUUUUUCUUUUUUAUGUACUUUUAUUUUGGCGGAAGGUUAUGCAUUUAAUUAUAAUCGUCUUUAGUUUCGCAUUGUUGGAGAAGCAAAACAGGAAAAAAAAUGAUUUCCCGUUUGGGAGAAACACAGUGAGAAUUAAUAAUUGAGGAUGAGGAUAAUUAACCAAUUAUACACUCACUGGCCACUUCAUUAGGAACACCCAUACAUCCACCUGUACAACUGUUUGACGCAGCUCUCUAAUCAGCCGAGCCCUUGACAGCAGCACGAUGCAUCAAAUCAUGCAGAUACAAACUUUCAGUUAAUGUUCACGAGGUUCAAACAUCAGAACGGGAAAAACUGUGUCAGUCUCUAGAGUUUACACAGAAUGGUGCGAAAAACAAAAAGCAUCGAGUCGAGUGAGCGACAGAUCUGUGGGUGGAAACAAACGCCUUGCUGAUAAGAGAGGGUCAGAGGAAAAUGGCCAGAUUGGUUCGAGAUUUUUUGCCAGGAAGGAUAUAGUAACUCAUAUAAUCACUCUUUACAACCGUGGUGAGCAGAAAAGCAUCUCAGCAGAAGAACACACUGGAUUCCAGUCCUGCAGCCAAGAACAGGAAUCUUAGGGUGUUUUCACACCUGGUCCCCUUUAAAGGAACCAGACUCAGUCCUCUUUAAGUGGACCAAAAAGUGGACCAACAGAAAAAGAACUCAGUUCUUUUUGUGUUCACACUGUGAAUUUAUUACAAAGAGGACUGGGUUCUCUUUCUGGUCCAGUUAAGCUUUGAUGGGGCCUCAGUCCUCUUUCUGUUCACACCAGGUCCUCUAGAGCCCUCAGACCCCCGGUGCACGGAAUUCUGGGUAAUUUUCUCUUGAAUCAAAAUGUCUGCUGCCAUGCUUGCCCUGCUGUAUUCUUUGAUCAAAAUAGUGCGGAUUAAGGAAAAU